AUGUGGAGUUAUGUUGAUGAUAUGAUUAUUACAGGUGAUGAUAUGAAUGGAAUUAAUUAUUUGAAAUUACAAUUAGCCAAACAAUUUAAGAUGAAGGACUUAGGCACUCUUUACUACUUCUUGGGCAUUGAAGUUGCCUACUCUCCUAGAGGCUACCUUUUCUUUCAAUCCAAGUACAUUGCCAACAUUCUUGAACAUACUCGCCUUUCUAAUACUAAAGUAAUAAAUAGCCAUCUUAAGUUGAAUGUGAAAUAUGAUCCAUCUGAUGGUGUUCCUCUAUCAGAUCCCACAUUAUAUCGUACUUUGGUUGACAAUUUGGUGUACCUUACGAUUACUAGACCAGAUAUUGCUUAUCAUGUUCAUGUUGUUAGUCAGUUUGUUGUCUCCCCUACUAUAGUGCAUUGGGAAGCUCUUCUUCGCAUAUGUAGUUAUCUUCGGGGAACCCGGUUUCAAAGCCUUCUCUUUCCCUCACCGUCCUCAUUGGAAUUACGUGCUUAUUCUGAUGCUGAUUGGAGGGACAACCCCACAGAUCGUAAUUCUAUCACAAUAUUUUGUGCCUUUCUUGGAGACUCUCUUAUUUCUUAG